GAAACUUUGGCUUCCUGAGUCGACCUUAGACGAGGGUAAAGACAAGCAACUGUUCUAAAGCAAGAAGUGAUCACUGUGUACUUAUCAUGUUCGUCGAGUGCUGACCCCCCACCCCCCAAUAUAAUGGACGAAGCUGAAAUGGAGGCGAUGGCCAUGUCGUCAGGCAGCUCUUCCAUUGGGGAAGCAGUGUCUGGUAGAGGACAGAAUGUGCCUGAUGAAGAUGACGGGCUCUACUACAUCCCAGAGAGAAGACCUUCUCUGGACCUGGGGCCAAGUCCAAUGGAUACUAGCCAGUGGCUUUCUGUGGAAAAGGCCUCGUCUCCAGUUCUGAGUUACUGGUCAAUGACAAGUGAGGAGAGGCCAGACUACAUGGAUGAUGAAGAUGGAUCCUUCACAAGCAUCCAUCUGAAUAGAGCAGAUUCAUUCUCUAGCUGCUACUCCUGGGACAGUGAUGAUUGUGAAAAGAGAACCCCAAAGGGUAAAUGCAAAGAUGAUACCGUCCCAGAGCCUUCCAGCAUGUCUGAGAUAAUCCAAGACUCAAACAACAUUAGGCACCCUUCGUUGACAGUGGCAUUCAUUUUUAAGGCUAUUUGUAAAACUCUCGGGAGGCUGUCCAAAGACGACAUUAAGACAUUCAAGACGAUGCUAUGGAAGCGUUACCCGCAGUCCUUCAACACUCCUCCCCAAGGCAUGGACAUGGUGGACCUUGUGGACCGGCUACUUGAGUGUUACAGCCUGGAGGUAUCUUUGCAGAUCACCAAAACCCUUCUUGAGGAAAUUGGGAAAAAGACGCUGGUUGAAUACCUCCAGACUUUGUGCAUCAGAAAUGAAGUACGUCACGAGUUAAGCGAGACUCUGAAGAGAACAUACGGCGAAGUAUGUGAGGAUUCGGCCAUGCAGAGAGAGGAGAGGCCCUUUGAUGAUGUCUUUGCAAAACUCAACAUAACCUCAACAUGUGAUAAUGGCCCAAAUAUUGAACAUGAGGUCAUGACCAUAGAAAAGCUGGACAGCAACCGGGCGGAAGGGAAAUUGCUUUCUACUGCAGAUAUUUUGAGUGCUGAAAGGCUUGAGCACUCAAACAUGAAGCUCAUGUUGAUCACUGGAGUUGCAGGGUCAGGGAAGUCUAUGGCGGUCAGAAGGUUGAUCCUCGAUUGGAUUGAAGAGCGGUCCCACCAACACGUGUCUUUCCUGUUUCCGUUGCCCUUCAGAGAGCUCAAGCAGUUUGAGGGUUCUAAUAUCUCCCUGUUGGAAAUAAUACACACACUCUACCCACCAACAAAAAAACUAAGGGACAGGGAUUAUAGAUGCGAAGACUGCAAAAUCAUGUUUGUCUUUGACGGUCUUGAUGAGUACAAUGGGAAGCUUGAUUUCCAAAACACUGAGCUUCUCAGCGACCACACAGAUCCCACCACCCUGAACGUCAUUGUGGUGAACCUCCUCAGAGGGAGGCUGCUCUACCGCGGCCUAUUCCUGGUCACAUCUCGGCCGCAAAUAAGGCGCUGCAUUCCUUGGGAUACGCAUUACGAUGAAAUAGACGUGCGUGGUUUCUGUGACCCUGAAAAGGACGAGUACUUCAGGAGGAGAUUUCAGGAUCCAGAUCAAGCAGCUCGAGUUAUUGCACACAUCAACUCUUUCAAAACCCUCCGCAUCAUGUGCCACCUGCCCUUGUUUUGCUCACUGGUCGCUGAUGAGUACCAGCACAUAUUUCGAGGACAGGGGACGCAGGCAGAGCUGCCCAGGAGCAUCACCUACAUGUACACAAAGCUGCUGCUGGCACUCACACGUCAGCAUCGCAGAUUUAGAGCUCCAGAUUGUAGCCCAGAUGAAGAGAGAGACUUCCUCAUGAAACUUGGAAAGCUGGCCCUCGACAUGCUGGAACAAGGCCAGUUCAAGAUUACCAGGUCCGACUGGAAAGAGGUUGGAAUCAACGAGGAGGAGGCAGUGAUUAACAGUGGCCUGUGCACACAAUACACCACAAAGCCAUUUGUCUUGAUUCAAGAGAGAGUCUUCAGCUUUAUCCACCCCACCAUGCAGGAGUACCUGGCUGCUCUUUAUGUGUUUCUCACCUUUAGAAACCAGGGGAAGAACACUUUGGGGCAGCAACUGAAACGCAAGGUCAGGGGGAUGUUGAAGGGGCACAAGGCGAUGGAGCUGUACAAGAGCGCGGUGGACAGAAGCCUGCUUUGUGAGGACGGCAAACUGGACAUUUUCCUGCGUUUCCUGUUUGGAAUGGCAAUUGAGACCAACCUGGAACUUCUUCAACCAUUCUGCACCUCUUCUCUGCAGUGGCCAACAGUUGUUGAAGAUGCUACUGCCCUCAUCAGGAAGAAGAUCAGAGAAAAUCAGUAUCCUGACAGGAAUGAGAACUUGCAGCACUGCCUGGACGAGCUGGGUGUGUUUGGGUCAGAGGUGGUGUCCAGUUGAUCCGACUCUUGAAACACGGACAGAUGUUUUGUAAUUUUGAUACAAAACAUCCACCCAGACUUCCACUAAAUUCCAAGAGGAGGAAAUCUGUUAAAGACACGUGCCUGUUCUGAUCGAGAAACCUUUUUCUAUUUCUAGAACAUUUGCAGUAAUGGAGCCUUAAAACCAAAUAUAAUUGCCUCUGAAGUUACACUGAUGUGCUAAAGGUGUGAAAAAUUUAAUCUUUUGAGAAAACGGGGAUGGUGUGAUUUAAUUGUGUGUUAAUAUGGGUUUACAGUUGCUGCUUUUAUACAAUGCAUAUACAAUCAAAGAUUUUUGAUUGACAUUAUUGCUAGUGCUGCCUACUUUUUAACUUAACACAUAUUCAUGUGGAAUAUGAGUCAAUAUAAAACUAAACUAGUUUGCACUUUUAAGUUUUGUAAUUACUUUUUGUACUUACCAGUCUGUACUCCUCGUUGGCUGCUUAUAUUAAUGUUUUAGUGUGUAAUGCAAUUAUUUGUAAAAGUAAUUGUUUAUCCUAAAAAGUAUCCAUGCUCUAAUCCCAGUCACCUGUUUGAAAUGAGUGGCUAAUGAUUAACAAUAAAUCUGCAAGAAAACAACCAUGUGGUCAAUCAGCACUGCACACUUGAGUUUGUGAG